AUGAGAUCGAGAGUGGCUGUGCUCAGGGACAGGCAAAGACCACCCCUCAUCAGUAGCCUGAGCCAGAAAUCAGGUUCUCUGGAAGGACUAAACCUGGAGCUCAGAGGAGAAGUUGAGCAAACUAAAACCAGUGUUGAGAGGCUUGACAAUCAAGUUUCAUCACUGCACCAGGAUGUGGCAACUCUCAGCCAGGAGGUUCGAAAUGCUAUUCAAGCUCUGCAAGAGCUUGCAUCAAGUAGCAGUACAGUGGCGACACGCUAUCCUCAUCCCCUUCCAGCACACUCAAAUCCCAAUUUGCCAUACAACUGCCUGGAUGGCAGUAUUAUACAGCGCAGUUCAUCACAUCCCCCUGACAUGUUCUGUUGGGAAACUGAAGAAAUGCCAAUGAGAUUGAGCCGGCUUGCAGAUAAGGAAACACAAACUUCUAUGCCUGUAGACAUUUUUGAGAAUUUUGUGCUUCAGAAUCCUCACAGAGUUCUAUUGAUACUUGGACUUGAUGCUGAAGCAGUGCUAAGAAGUAGUAGUGCACAGGAGAGGAUGUUGGGAGCUCCACAGACAAAUGGUACAUGUGUUCUGAGAAAUCAUCAUAAGAAUGGGAUUAUAACUCAAAGUGAUCUUCGAUCCGUGCAGACACCUAGCAACUGGAACCACGCACGGACAGCUGUGGAUUCCCAACGGCAUAGGUUCAGUGCAGGUGAUGUGGAAGGUGUGACUGCAGCUGCUUUUCAAGCAGCUAACCCCUUUUCUUCAUCACAAUCUUUGAAAUUCCAGUCUUUUGAUAGUUGA